AUGUUUGAGAAUUUAGGAAGUAUUUUGAUGAAAGAAAAUAGUAUUAAUUGAUGUGAGAUAACAUCGAUGUUGUCAAAAAGAAGAGAGUAAUUUGAGAAAAUUAAUUAAAAUGGGAAAAUUAUGGAACUUAAUUAAAAAUUAGCUACUAACCCUGUUAAUGAGUAUGCUAUUAAUUCUUUAGUGCAUUUUUGGUUCUGAAGUAUACUACUAUUUGUUUGUGGUGUUAUUAUUGUAAAUAACUCGUAUGGUUUGGGAGUAUUUUGAAGCAUCAUAAUUUUAAGUGAUGUUAAUCAUACAAUAUUUGGGAUACAUUGGAGUUCUGUAUUUGAGUAGUGAAUAAAAUGUAAUAUCUUGCAUGUGUAUGAUGUAAAUAGGAUAGACGUUAUUAUUUGAGAAUAGAAUGUAGAACUAAAAGCUAAUAAUAUUGUAUUCAAUAGGAGCAGAUAUUCUUGUGCUUGUAUUAUUUAUGAAUGAUAAUGUGAAACAAAUAUAUUUACCUUGUUUAUCAAUAGUAAUGAAGACAUUGACAUAAUUGUUUAACUAACCAAAAUUAAAUGGAAACCUUAAACUGAAUCAAGAAAAUUUAUUUGUAGAUAGCAAUCAUCAUUCAACAUAUAGAUUGUCAAAGGAUAGAAAUUUUCAUUCGGAUAGUUAACCACCAACUCCAAAAAGUGAUCCAUUUCAAGUGGAAUUAUUAAGUUUUUUUCCUUAAGGGAUUGCACUGGUUGGAUUAAAUGAUGAGAUUAAGUUUUGUAAUGAGAAUAUGAAAAAGAUAUUUGUAUAAGAAGAAAGUUAACAAUCAAUUUUAUAAGCAAUAUUUAGAUUAGAAGAGUAAUAAAUGGUAGAGUAAGCAGAGAAGUAAUCAAUAGAACAACCAAAAUAAUCAAUGAGUUCAUUUUCUACAUUUUAACCUGUACCUAUACCAAAGACUAUGUUUUAAAGUGCCUCUAGAUCUUAAAAUAAGUAAUCAGGAACAGUGAUUUAAUAGAAAUUAAAAGAGACUCCAUUACCACGUGCCAAAACAUCACAUAAAUUAAUUACAUUAAAAUUAUAGGAUACUUUUAUUAGUGAAUGUUGUGUAAGUAAUUAUUUUAUAAAUUAGAUAAUUGAUUAAGAGAUUUAAUGUAUCAAAAAGUAGAUAUAAAAAAAAGAAGUUUAGAAUCUAAUGAAAAAUACUCAAUGUUAUGUUUAAGAACAUAUUGUAGUGUUAGGAUAUAUUAGCUCAGAUAAACAUAAAAGAAGAUAAAUUGAAGUUAAGUUAUAUUCUACAUUAAUCAAUGAUUGUCCUUAUAUUUUAAUUGUUGCCAGAGAUAUAAGUCAUAGAGAUUACAUUCGAUCAUUAAAGAAUUAUAGUAAUCAGAAAUCUAAAAUGUUGGCUUUUGUCAGUCAUGAAUAUAGAACACCAUUAAAUUGCAUUAUUGAUUAACUUAAUGAAAGUUUGAGAGAAGAAUCUCGAUAUAGAUCUGAAACUCUAUUUUGUGAAAGAGAUAAAGAAACUCAUAAAAAUGUUAAGGUUGCUUUAUAUACAGCUAAAUAACUCUUAAAUCUUUCUGAUGAUUUACUUGAUUUAGCUUAGAUUCGAGUUGGUAAAUUUAAAGCAAUCAAAUAAAAAUUCAAUCUUAAAAAUAUGUUAAAAAGUUGUCUCGAUUUAUUCUCUGCUACUGCUGAAAAAUAAUAAAUUGUCUUGACAUUAAAAUACAGUUCCCAUAUACCUAAAAUUAUUGAAUAAGAUUCAAAUAGAAUCAAAUAAAUUAUUAUGAAUUUAAUUGGAAAUGCUUUUAAAUUCACUUAAAAAGGAAAUAUUACUUUAGAAGUCACUUAAGGACAAGAUAGAAAAAGAAUUACUAUAUCAGUUAUUGAUACAGGAAUUGGUAUUUCAGAUGAUGAUAAAAUCAAAUUAUUUAAAGCUUUUGCAAAAGGUAAUAGUGAGGAAAGUAAAAAAUUGAACUCUCAAGGAGUUGGGUUAGGGUUAUUAAUAAGUAAUUAAAUUUUAUAAAACCUCAAUGGAGAUAUUUAAAAUGGAUUGAAAUUGUAGUCUUAAUAAAAUAAAGGAUCUACAUUUUAUUUUUCAAUUUAAAUUUGUGAUAUACAAGAAACAUUUUCUCUUCAUUAAUUAGAAGAACGUAAUCAAGAAAGUGAACAUUCAGAUUAGGAAUCAAUGGUUAUUCCUGAUGAUGAGAAACCUUAACAGUUGAAAGCUACAAGAAAGAGUACAAAUACAAAGAGAUCUACAAGAGUUUCGAUAAGUGAUCCAAAAAUAUUAAUCGUAGACGAUGUAUAAUUAAAUGUAGAAAUGAUUGCAAGAAUGAUAAAAGAUACUGCAGUAGAUUGGGCGUUGAAUGGAUAUUAAGCAAUAUAGAAAUGCAAAGAGAGAAUAAAACAUAAUUAAGAAUUCUAUAAAGUUAUAUUAAUGGAUUUGGAAAUGCCAAUAAUGAAUGGAUUUUAAGUAUCAUAAGCAAUAUUAAGUUUAUGUGCUGAAUUAGGAGCAUCUACUACGAUUAUUGGGUGUUCGGCAUAUGACUCAGAAGAGUAGAUGUAAGAAUGUUUAAAAGUUGGAAUGACCGCAUAUUUACAUAAGCCUGUGGAAUAGAAGGCACUUAAAAAAAUCUUAAUUAAAUAUCUAUGA